UCAGCACUCAACACGUUGCACUGCCUGCUCUGUCUCGUUUGUUUGGUGGUCUUUCUGCAACACACACAGGAAGCACAGGAAUUGCUCCUUUAACAGCAUUGAUCAUUCACAUCAACAAUCUGCACCAGAGAUUGCAUCUGUUUCAACUGAGCAAUAUCCUGCAGCUUCUGACCUGGAUGUAAAUACAGUUAUGGAUGAAUCACAGCAAAGGAAUGUAACCAGUGCAAUUGUUCGGGUACUCCCAGAUCUUUCAUCUUCGGUGCUGGCAUCAGUUGUGGAGACACUGAACUCACUUGGGGUAACGACACCUGAAGAUUUUCAGUAUGUUCAGGAAGCAGAUCUCCUUCCAGUAUUACGACACAUUCAGGCUAGGAAACUGGUAUCUGUCUUGGGCCAGAAUCAACAAAGCACUGGUUGCGCAUCAAAUUUGGCAGAAAACAGUGACAAUAAUUUAGCUUCGUGUUCGUCAUCUUCAUCACAUCUUGUCAAGGUUUCCAAAGUGCCUUUAGACUGGGCAGACAACUAUAAAAUUCCAUGGCAGAAGCUUCCAGAAGAAAUUAUUCAUUGUUUAGAAAAAAAGAAGAGACUAAGUCCUCGAUUACGUCGAGAAAUGAUCAGAAUAGUGGUUUCUGACAUGUUGAAGGUAUGUGAUGGUCCCAGUAAACAAAGUUCAACAACCAUUGCUAAAAAGAUGGUGGCCAAAUACCCUGCAUCCCUGCAGGAUGUUAUUGAGGGUGAUAUAGUUGGUUCAGGGUAUCAUUCGCUGGUGAAACAGCUUCAGAAUCGUGUAGAAAACAUAAAGAGAUCAUAUGUGCCAAAAAUCAGAAAACGCAACAGAACAGAAGACUCUGACACAGACGAGAUUCCUGGUGAAAAAAAGGCAGCAGUUCAAGACACUUAUGGUUGUGUGAAUUGGGAAUUAAAACUUAUGCCACUCAGUGAGACUAAAGAGAGCCAGUUGGAUAAACAAGAACAGAUGAAGAUGAUGUCUACAACAGCUAAUGCUGACCCAGAAGUAGUAAGGAGUCUUUUGAAAGCAACAUACUAUACACAACGCAGAGACAUAAACAACGGAACAAGCAUGCAACAGCUUUGUGAGACCUGGCCUUUUUUGUUUCGAGAGGUUGGCAUGUGUGUACACUUCAAGUUGCUAACAGGAAUCGAUCUAAAGGAGACGCUCUUCAACAGCUUGGAUAAAAAGGGACAGCGGCUCCUUAACUUUCUAAAAACUGUUGGUGCAGAACGGAAGAAACAAGUACUUCAAGCUGCUGCAAAACUUGAAGUUAUGAGGGGACAAAUUGAGGGAUGUUCUGAAGAUAUUAAAGACUUGGUACUGCUCCUGCUUGCCUACUUCGAUGAAAAGGAAGAGAUGAUGUUUCACUAUGUUGAAGAGUCUUGCCUUGUUGAAGAUGUACAGCUAGAUAAGUUACCAGCAACACCCUGCAUCGUUGUCUGUGGCUCUUCCUGCUACACAUCAAAGCUGUUCAUGGUGAGCAUUGACCAAAGGAUAACAACUCCACACAUUUCUACAUUCAUCUCAGCAAUAUGCAUAAUGUUUGGCAGCUUCUACUGUUUCAACAUUCAUUAUCCUUUGGAGCUGGGUUCUACUCUGGAAUUCCUGCAAAGGUGCUUCUUUAGCAUAAACCCAGAGAAGGGCACCAAAGUUGAAUGGAAAAAAAACAAAAAACAGCUCCCAGUGAAUCCCAGAGUCCUUACACUCAUAGCAGACCUUGCGGACCAUGAAUGGAGAGCAGAUUAAGGUUGGACACUGCUAUUAGUAUUUUUUUUUUCUUUUGAGAAAUUUUACCAGUGUUCAGUUCACUUUAAAGAUACAAGUUUGCAAAUUUGUAUUUGUUUACUUAAUUGCAAUGUUAAGUCACUUGCUGAUGCUCAGACUUUGUGUUGGAAAUUUCUGUGUUGUGUGUUGAAUGUUCCAUCCUACAAACCUAUUUAAUGGUAUUAUGCGCCUGUAGUCAUUUGAAAAAAGAAAAUAUAUUUGUAGCUGAAAUUAAAUCUGUUUUUAAAGCCAAUGAAAUUCAGAGAUUUUAAGGUUUAUGCGGUUAUGCUGUUUUGUGUACUGUCAAUUUAUGAAUUUGUAUUUCCCUACGAAAAGAUACUUUUUGAUAUAAAAAAGUUAAAAUCUGUAUGCUCUCUAUACAUGAGUUGUGUAUACUUUUGGUGUUCAUGUUUUUUCAUUAACAUGGCUAAACCAUUCUGAUGAUAGAACGUUCUGCUUAUGUUUUUUUUUUAAUGUUUCUUUCUGGUAAAUUUCUGGUAUUUCAAAAUGUUUGUUCUGUACUCUUGAACUGUUUAAUGAAAAGAAAUAUGGAUGCCUAAAUGCUGUAACUCAGUUUCAGGAUGUAAACGAUCUUCUUGGCCAUUUUUGUGGGACAGUAAAUCUAAACUGUUAUACAAGAAGUACAUUGACUGCUCUACUAUAGAAAUUAGUUUUGAAUAUUUUAUUGUCCCUUGAGAAGAAUGAAAUUAAAUCUGCUUUUAAAGCCAAUGAAAUUCAGAGAUUUUAAGGUUUAUGCGGUUAUGCUGUUUUGUGUACUGUCAAUUUAUGAAUUUGUAUUUCCCUACGGAAAGAUACUUUUUGAUAUAAAAAAGUUAAAAUCUGUAUGCUCUCUAUAUAUGGGUUGUGUAUACUUUUGCUGUUCAUG